AGUCUAAAGGAUGGAGGUAGAGGAGAGCCAAGCGCAGUCCCUGAAUGAGAUGCCAGAGCCCAGCUGUGCUAGCGGUGCCAGCUGGCACCUCACCGACACCACCCGGCUGCAGCACUUCCUGUGCUUUGGGUCCGAGGGCAGCACUUAUCAUGUCAAGGAGCAGAAGCUGGGCUUUGAAAAUGCAGAAGCUUUGCUAAGGCUGAUUGAAGAGGGCAGAGGCUGCGAAGUUGUUGAAGAAAUAAAAGCAUUUAGUCAAGAAGGCAGAGCAGCAAAACAGGAGCCCCUGCUCUUUGCCCUUGCAGUUUGCUCACAGUGUUCUGAUGCUAAAACAAAGCAAGCAGCAUUUAAAGCUGUCCCUGAGGUGUGUUGCAUACCAGCCCAUCUCUUUACUUUCAUCCAGUUUAAAAAAGAUCUGAAGGAGGGCAUGAAAUGUGGCAUGUGGGGCCGUGCUUUGAGGAAAGCUGUUGCAGAUUGGUACAAUGGAAAAAAUGGCAUGGCUCUUGCUUUAGCAGUUACAAAAAAUAAGCAAAGAAGUGGUUGGUCUCAUAAAGAUCUUCUGAGAUUGUCCCACCUAAAACCUGCCAGUGAAGGAAUUGCAAUAGUCACUAAGUAUAUUACCAAGGGGUGGAAAGAUGUCGAAGAAGCUUAUAAACAGAAAGUAGUUUCUGCUGAGACUGAAAAACUCUUGAAGUAUCUGGAGGCUGUGGAGAAAGUAAAACACACAAAAGAUGAAUUGGAAAUUAUUCAUUUGAUAGAGGAAUAUGGUCUAGUUAGAGAGCAUCUCCUAACAAACCAUCUGAAAUCUAAAGAGGUCUGGAAGGCAUUACUCAAGGAGAUGCCUGUAUCUGUAUUAUUGAGAAAUUUAGGAAAGCUGGCAGCAAAUUCAGUGCUUGAACCACAAGGUUCAGAAGUGGCAAUAGUGUGUGAAAAACUGAGAAAUGAGAAGCUGCUAAAAAAGGGUAGAAUACAUCCCUUCCAUAUUUUGGUUGCAUUAGAAACCUAUAAAGCUGGACAUGGACACAGAGGGAAGCUUUGGUGGCGUCCUGAUGAAGACAUUUUAGAAGCCUUAGAUGCCUCAUUUUACGAAGCUUUCAAGACAUUGGAACCAACAGGAAAACGCUUUGUAAUUGCAGUUGAUGUCAGUGCAUCAAUGACACAAAAGGUCUUGGGCAGUGUGCUCAAUGCCAGCACAGUUGCAGCAGUAAUGUGUAUGGUUGUAGCACGGACUGAGAAGGAUUCCCAAAUUGUUGCCUUUUCACACGAAAUUGUCCCUUGUCCAGUGACAGCUGACAUGACCUUGCCUCAAGUUUUAGUGAAAAUGUAUGAAAUUCCUGUGGGUACCACUGAUUGUUCCCUUCCAAUGAUAUGGGCUCAAAAAACUCAGACACCUGCUGAUGUCUUCAUUGUAUUUACUGAUAAUGAGACCUUUGCUGGGAGUACUCCUCCUGCAAUGGCCCUUACAGAGUACAGAGAGAAAAUGGGUAUUCCUGCUAAGCUGGUUGUUUGUGGAAUGACCUCCCGUGGUUUUACGAUUGCGGGCACGGAUGACAGAGGCAUGUUGGAUAUCUGUGGCUUCGAUACAGGAGCUUUGGAUGUCAUUCGAAACUUCACUUUGGAUUUGAUUUAAGUUUUUCAGGCAUCUGCUCUUCCCAGUGGGUCCAUUGCUGGCAACAGACUUCACUCUGGGAACUCCCAGCCAAAUAUACUUUAUUAGCUUAUGGCAUAUUGUAUACAUAUCAGAAUGUUACAGGAGGUGGUGGCACUUCAAGUAUUUCUGACUAGAGCUUCUCACUAAGGUAUUUGUAAGGUUGAACAGAACUUCAGUCUCAUGCAAAUCUAACAGAUUCAGAGAAACUCAGCACUUGUAUGUCUGGUCUCAAACUGUCAGUAGUAGCCAGUGAUCCCCUGCCACUGGAGGUGGCAGCCACAUGUCACCACUGUCAUCCUGGGACUUGGCGCCAUACAGCAACACAGUGCACAUUUGGAUACUCAUGGUAAUGGCUGGCAGUGCAGUCACAUCACCCUUCAGAAUCCUGCAGCACAGCUCGCAGCCCUGCUCCAUGCCCCUUCAGAACAGCAUCUCCACUCCUCAGCCACCUUCCUUGUAUCCAGCACACUCAUUUUCCCAAGGCAGCUGGUUUCUUCCUAUACACACACUCAAAACUCCAAUUGGACUUAAUUCCCUGACCAGCCUGUGCUCUACGUGAGGUGGAAUGCCAAAGAGUGUCAUCUCUUGUGUGAUAUCCACAGUAACUGUGCUCUGAGUCUAUGGGCCAGCAACAGCCAGUCUGGAUCCGUCCCAGGGGGUAAACAGGACCCUCUUUUAUGAAGGGAUGAUGGCAGGACCACAGUGUACUUAACAAACUCUUGGUCCCUGAGCUUCACCAAAGUCUUCCUGGCUAGGAACACAUGAAUUAUCCCAUUCCUGUUGUCCUCAAGCUCCACAGCACCCACUGCCUUGAGAAGGGUGGCUUUGCCUGGGCCCAAGGAAGACACCAUCACAGCAAACACUUUGUGUCAGCAUGCUGGACCCUGCUCUUGCUCUUCACCAGUGCUGGAAUUAGCCCAGACCCCAGCUUGGCCACAUCCAGUUCCUCAGCAGGGUAAGUGAAUAGGGCCACAUUAUUGUCCAGCUCCUCACAGACUGGAGUUCUUGUGCUACAGGUACCCCUGCUGCAGCAGCAGGCCCAGCACCUGCUGAGGACAUGCUGCCUUCAUUAGCCACAGGAGCAGGGGGUUGUACUACAGGAUGUCCAGCUCCUUGUCCCCCAGGACUUCAGCAGCAGCAGUGAUCAGCAGUGCCAGAAAGCAGGUGGGUCACCUCCAGGGCUCUGAGCACCACCUUGGAGUCAAAGAGGGUGUAGGGCAAGCUGAGGAGCCCCAGAGGCCAGACUUUGGCCUUUUAGGAUUCAUUCAAGCCUGAAUGAAAAGGGGUCCAGGAAGGCUGGACAUUCUUGAAGGAUCUUAAAGAUGCAGGAGCAGGCUGUCCCCAUGUGCUGGAAGAUGAGUCAGUGGGGAAGAAGACUGGCCUGGUUGAGCAGGGAGUCACUAGAACUCGGGAAAGAAAGACCUUUAGGAAAAAAGGCGCGGUGUUCUUGAGGACUAGAAGUAUGUUAGAUUAUGCAGAAAGGUUAGAAAAGUGAAACCCGAGCUAGAAAGUAAUUUGGCCACUGCCGUAAUAGAUAACAAAAAGUGUUUUUACAAAUACAUCAGCUGCAAAAGGCGGGCCAAGGGGAGAAUCUCCAUCCUUUAAAGCACAUGAGGGAAAGCAUUGCCACAAAGGAUGAGAAAAAUGCUAAUGUACAAAGGCAUUCUUUGCCUCAGUCUUUAAUAGUCAGACCAGUUGUCCUUGGGAAGACAGAGACAAGGAACAAAAUGAAGUCCAUGUAAUUCAGGAGGGAACAGUGACUUACUGCUCCACUUAAAUGUUCAAAAGUCUGUGAGGUUGGAUGGAAUCCACCCAAGCCACUCUCCACAAUUUAUCAUCAAUCCUGGCUAACCAGGGAGGUCUCAAGAUGACUGGAGGUUGGCCACUGUGGCACCCAUUGAGCAGAAGGGCCAGAAUCGGGAUCCAGAAAACCACGGGCCUGUCAGCCUGAACUUGAUGCCAGGGAAGCUUAUGGAACAGAUCAUCUUGAUCACACAAGCAUAUGCAGGACAGCGAGGGAUCAGACCCAGCCAGCAUGGCUUUAUGAAAGGCAGGUUCUGCCUGAUCAACCUGAUCUUCUAUGAAUGGUGACCUCCCUAGUGGAUGAGGUAAAGGCUGUGGAUGUCGUCUGCCUGGACUUCAGUAAGGCCUUGGACACUGUUUCUCACAGCAUUCUCCUGGAGAAGCUAGGAGCCUAUGGCUUGGACAGGUGCACUGUUUGCUGGGUGAAAAACUGGCUGGAUGGCUGAUUCCAGAGAGUGGUGGUGACUGAGUAACAUCCUGCUGCUGGCUGGUCACCAGUGGUGGUCUCCGGGGCUACUGUUGGGGCCAGUCCUGCUGAGUACCUUUAUGGCUGAUCUGGACAACGGGAUCAAGGGCACCCUCAGUCAGUUAGCAGAUGACACCAGGUUGAGCCAAAGAGUUGAUCUGCUGGAUGGCAAGAAGGCUCUGCAGAGGGAUCUGGACAGACUGGAUCCAGGGGGCCAAUUGUGUGGGGUUCAACAAAGCCAAGUGCUGGGUCCUGCCUUUGGGUCACAACAAACCCAUGUAAUGCUUCAGGCUGGGGCAGACUGGCUGGAAAGGUGCCCAGUGGAAAAGGACCUGGGGAUGCUGGUCAGAGUGGGUGAAUAAGAGCUAGCUAUGCCCAGGUGGGCAAGAAGGCCAAAGGGCAUCCUGGCUUGGAUCAGAAAGAGUGUCAACAGGACUAGGGAAGAGAUUGUUCCUCUGUACUUGGCACUGCUGAGCCUCACCCUCAAAUCCUGUUUGCAGCCAAGCAUUGGAACAGGCUGCCCAGGGAAGUGGCAGAAUCAUCAUCACUGGAAGUGCUCCAAAACCAUGUGGAUCUCGUGGGACAUGGCUCAGUGGUGGACCUGGCAUUGUUGGGUUGAUGAUUGGACUUGAUCUUAAGAGCUGUUUUCCAACCCUCAUGAUUUUGUGAUUCAUUACCUUUUUGUAAAGGGAAAACAAGAAAAGCAGAUGAGGAAUCUCUUGUACUUUUUCUGUUGCACACAAUUUAAAAUAACAGUGAGAAGUUUGCUAAAAGUGGUUACAGGGUUAUAUAGUAUAUAACUUAAUUUCAUUUAUAGUAGGUCAUAAAUAUGGAGAUAUUUUUAAUUUCCCCCAUUGCUGUGGAAUGCUUAUUUGCAAGAAUAAAUUCAUUAAUUGCUUUUAGUAUGGGGCUGGAAACAAAUGGGCUUAGAAUUUUUAAUAAUGCCAAUUUAAGAGCAACUUCAUUGAGAGGGACUUUUCUUUGGGCUUUUUUAAAUCUUUGUAUUUUAUUUGUUACUAAUGUUCAAUGGUUUCCAUGAUUACAGUUAAAAUCUACAAAUGAAGUUUUUUCUGGUAUGUAUUGAGACCAUGUGACUGUGAUACAGUGUAAAAGUCACCCAGGGACAUUUUAUACUGAUAUAACUGAAAGUGCAAGACUUUAUGCUAACCUUUUUCUCUCUGGAUUAUCAUCUGGGUUUUCAGGAGGAAAUAGCUCUAGAUAAAUUGAGGGGCAGUUUCUGCACAGUACCAUUUCAGAAGCACUAGUUUAGAAUUAAAACACUUUCCAGGAAACUCUAAAAACUGUUUUUAGUAGAAAAGGACCUUGGAAAUGACUAGGAUGUCACAUUCAGUCCUUGUCACGACUUCAAGAAGCAUUAGCACACCUUCAGUGAGCAAGAUCAACAAGUGCAUGUUUGUCUUGGCCUGCUCACCAAAGCUGAGUGGGAAUACCAGAAACAAAAAGUUACAUUUUUUUUCCAAAAGUAUGUAUACAAUGACGCAGAAACAAAUCUUCCUAACAGGAGAGUAUUUAAUUUUUUUAAAUCUUUUCUUAGAUUAGUGUUAUUUCUGUUUUCAUAAAUUAAUUCAAUCUAACAUAUUUCAAAACUACCUCCAGUUUAUAGUGACCAAUUCUUAAAAACUUUAAUGAACUGUACAGUUGCCUCCUUCAUAUUCACAAAAUCUCAUUUAGGAAGUGAUUGAAACUGGAUUCUUUAUUUUUAAUUUUUUAUUUUUAGUCUGAUAGUAAGAGUCUGACAAGAAGACAGUGAAUAUUCUACCACUUUGGAACAGAAAUUGAUAGCAAUUUGUGUGUAUAUGUAUUUAAUUGUGUGUUUUCUAUAUGUGUGUAUGGGGGGGAAGUUAAAAGAUCUCUUUAGUAGAUCAGUCUUAAAAGAUUUAAAAGGUUUUUAAUGAUGCUUUUAGGACUUCCUCUAAAACAUAUGUAUUUCAGCCUCUUUUAUGCUGACUGUUUUAAACAGUGAAUUUGAUGGUAAUUCGAAAAUAAUUAUGAUUUAUAAAAAUAUCAUGUUUACCCAUAGUGGUAAAUUACAUGUAAGACCAUAUUUUUCUGCAUAAAACCCAAGCUUUUAAAUGUAAAAUUGAAGUUCCUACUAUACUUUUGGUACGUGUAACACUUUUCAUUAUGCCUCAUUCCUAUUGAUUAUAAAUUCAAAGCUUGCAUUCUGUAGCCAGGAUAUCUCUUUUGGUGCUAAAAUAGGAUGUUACAUGUUACUGAAGGUAUUCUGCUACUUACGCUCUCCCUUAAUGCAUAAUCAAUCUAGUGAGGGAAGCCUUUCCUGAUAUAAAACAGGGCUUAAAGAACUGCUGGGUAGAGUGUUGCCUUUCAGCCAACAUGAAUGUAAGUCACUACUGAAUUAUCACUACUCUCACAAAACAGCUGUGACAGAAUGCUUGGAGGACACAGGACUGCUACCAGCUCCUCAGGUGAAUUCUAGAACAACCCAAGUGCUCCUGCAAAAGCACUUAGACAUAGCACUUUUGGGUUUGUAAAAAGAAAAUCAGCCAUUUCUCAUGAAAAAUCGUGUAUAAUUUGUAGCAUCUAAACAAAACACCAUGAAUAUGGGGAGUAAACUCAUUUGCUCAAUACGUGUUAAUAAUUAUUUCAAGUAAAUGCACUCAUGUUUUGGGGUUGGGUUUGGUAGUAAUGCAUUUUAAAUGACACAGUAGUCAAACAUCUGAUUAGGUGUUCUAAGCUAAUGUCAAAAAUAACUGAUUGAUGAGUAUCUUUUGCAAGUACUUUUUCUUAUUUGGGGUAGUAUUUGUGAAGUAAUAGGAAAUAUUUUGGACUAAAUAUAAAAUGAAAACUUAAAACCGGUGUUUCAGGUAACUUUCAAGUAAAUUUAUUGCAUAUAAAAAUAAAAAAUAGUUACUAACAGAUUGAGUGUAUGGUUAUAGUGGUGUUGCAUCUUUGGAAGCACUCUAGAAUGCAAUUCCUUUAAAUUGAGUGUGGAAGUAAGGAUGAACUCUUCAGUAGGACUGAUAGAAAUUGUAGAUCCCUGUAUCUGUUGGCACUGGGAUAGCUGUGACCAAUGCUAAGAGUUAGUCAUCCCUGCUGGGGUACAGAAUAUGCUCCUAAACAUUUAUGGCAUUUCUGGACUAAAAACCUUGUCAGUGGUUUAUGUGAUGUAAAACCAGCACUUACAAGGCCACGUUGCCAUCUGCUCCUCUUACACAGAGAGGGGAAACUGAAGUCGAUGCUGACAGCUGUAAUGUUAAAAUAUGUGGACCUUUGUCUCUAGGGGUCUGUUUUUGGUUUUGUUAUUCUCUUUUAGUAGGGGGCAUUGAAAAUGAUGCUGCAUAUUCCUUGUCCAUAGACUGGAUCUUUUUUAUCCGCCCAUACACUGAAUUUUAGGAGACAGCAUGACUCAUUUGCCAUAACAUGCAUUUGUCCUCUUUCUAGUCCUUAGUUACUAAACUGGUAAUUUCCAAAACCACAUCUAGACUUGUAAAGAGGCAAUAAUAACUGUAAUGCUUCAAAAAUAAUUUUAAAAUUGAGCUAAGACAAAAUUGCUAAGCUUAAGCUUUACCCCUUGACAGUUCUGGAGCAUUAGACUAUGGUGUUGAAGACUGUAAUGUUCAGGCACUUUGUCUUUAAAGAAGAAAAAAAGCAUGUUGUGGCUGGAAGCACAGCAGAAAUGAAACAUUCUUCUGUAAGGAAUGAACAUCAGAGAUCAGGUUUUUUCAUGGAAGGGACACAGUCAACGAUGUGGAGAGGGCAGGAAACUCAAGUUUUUUAAAAUAAUGCAGUGAGCACAUCAUCACUGUGUAAUAAAUUCAAUAAUGACAUUAAUAAUUUUGCCAAGAAAUAGAAUUUCAUGUCUGGAAUUUUAGACCUGGAUCAAGGAGUAGGAGAAUUUAGGAGUUUGUAGUGUUAGAUUGCAGUCCUCUGUGAUUCAAAAAAGAAGUCUAAAGGUAGGUGUAGUUCUGAGGUCAGCAGGGCCAGUCUAAAUGCCCACUGUGUGAGGGCUGCUAAUAACUGGAACUAAAAUACCUUCCUGCUUUAACACCACUCUUAAACCUGUUCAUUCAACAUAAGUCUUAAGGGGGUUUAUGUUGGUCUUUUACAUUGCUGUUGUUAACUGGUGCCCAUAAAUGGGUAUGGCUUUAAAAGGCUAUUCAACAGUUCUUGGCUUAAAAACACACCAGCAGAUUGGGAAAUGUGUUUUAAUAAUGUUGCUGUCUGUAAAAACACUAUGAAAAUAUUUGUCUGCAUUUCAAAUACUGCUUAACCCUGUCCCAAUCUCACAGGCACCACAACAGAAGCUUUAGUUUUGGUUCCAUUUGUUUCUUCUUCUUUUGCUGUACCCUUUUCUCUGUUAGUGUUGGGGUUUUUUCUCCUUUUCCAUCUUGUCACCUCAGGCCUAUACUUGAAUCUUUUUUCACAAGCUCUCAUCCAUUCCUUUUUUAUUUUUUGCCUCUAAAAAUAAAUUUGCCUCUGUUCUUAUGUCUUCUUGCUAUCUUGCUUGUCUUGCUGUCACUGAGUGUAGUUCCCUGCACCAGAACUGGUGGCAUAGUAUUUAACAUUUUUAGUGAUGAAUAUUUUUUUUUCUGUUCUUUAAUUAUAUAAAUCUCUUACAAAACAUCUAAUUUGCUGUAUCUGGCAGAUUUUUGGUAAAACUCUGUAUAAAAAUCAGUGACAAAAGUAUACUUUAUUACAAAAAAUCCAACAUCUGCCUGUGAAUAGCUUUAUAUGAAAAAAGUAGCCUCUUAAAAUUCGCUUUUCAAAUUCGCUUUCCAUAUGUAAAGCUUUUUUUCUAGAAUUAGUUGAGUGAUUUCAAAAUUUUCAUUCUUUUAAACAGUAUCAAGCUGCUGUCAUGCAGAAUUAGGAAAACAUUUAAAUUAAUAUUCUGGACAAACAGGCAGCUUCUCUGCAGUAUUGACAAGAUAAAGUCUUCAAAGAAUAGACUAUAGAAGUAAACCUAAGUAAAGAAUCAUUUGUCUUCUGGUUUUAAUCCUUUUCUUCAGUUUCUGUGAAAUCCCACCAUUUUCUAGGUUUAUUUUGCUGUCUGCAGUGGUUUGGAGUGCUCAGAUACACUGUAAGCAGCUGUUCUAAUGACUUUCUUGCUGGAAUGGUAGAGAUUUCAUCUUACCGUGACACAACGGAGUGUACAAAUGGCUGAGCUAGAGUUCUGGGGAAAAGAUAAAACACUGACCAGGACACUGUUUUAUGGAUAUGCUGCUCUGAGGGAAAUCAUAAAAGAUUAGCUAAUUUCAGCAGAAGGUAUAGUGUCUUUAAAUAUCUGUGCUUGCAUAUCUGGAUUUAUGAUUUUGAUACUGUAAAUCAUGGCUUCUUUAGGUAUUUCUAUAUUCUGAAUUUAAGUUUAAAUAUAUAUAUAUAUAUAUAUGGUAUGUUGAGAACUUUCACAAAUGCUUCAUUAAUAGUGAAUAUGAAUUGUUGUUUACCUAAUGUUACCAACUUGAGACUUAAGCACAACUAGUUACAAAUAAAAUGUCUUUUCAUUUCCCUGUAAAAGUGUAGUUCUACUUUUAAAAAUCAUUCUGUAUUUAAAAAGCAACACAUGGGCACAUUCACAGCUCUGUGUGCUUCAUUAAAUAACUCAGUGUUUCUUUUCAGCUUCUGCUUCUUAGAAGUGUGGGAUUUAAGAUGGAUGAGCAGGUACCCAGAUUUUCUAGUGGAUAUAUUUUAAUAUUUAGAUCCCAGGACAAGCAUAUUUUAAGAUAAACAGCUUUGUCCUGGAGACAAUGCUGGGGGGAAGAAAAAAGGAAAUUUUUAAUUACUAUUCUUGAGGUUCUUCAUUUUGGUUUUUUUUUUUUCCCCCUAGAGUAGAACCACACUUUAUCUGCCAUAUUAUGUUUAAUUAACUUAAGCAUAACAUGGCUUUGUACCAUCCAGUAACAAAGGCACUGUCUUGCUGCUACUUUCUGUGAAAUUGUACACAAUGAAAAAACUGUUAGGAUGGGGAGCCUUAAUGUGGUUAAAAAGAAAUAAAAUUAACCCUUUGAGUGCCUUAAGCUAGACACUAUUUAAUGAUGGGGCACUCGCAUCUGCAGGCACACAGCUUGUUUCAACAGCUGCAAGAGAAUUUGCCUUAAGUGACAAUGCCCUGGGAUUUCCAGAACUUGGAACUCAGAGGGUUAUUUUAGACUACCGGCUAAAUAAACAAGCCUCUAAACAGGGAACAAAAUAAAAAGGUGUUUGAAAAAUUCCUUUGCAUACUAUUGUUAUUAUUUUUACAUGAUGGGUUUAUCAGCUUUGGGGGCAAAAUUUUUGUUAAGCUUCUGGUAAAAACAUCACUGGCUGAAGAAUUCUACAAAGAGAAAAAGGAUACUUGGUAUUCUUAUAUGACUGUAUGUGCAAAAUAAAUUGCUUUAUUAAGUGUAAAUUCAGAGAGAGAUGCACAUUUGUGUGUUUACCUUGAUGACUGUGUCCUAGCACCAUACAGUAAACUGCAAUACUUAAAAUGAAACAAGGUCAGUGUGUUGAAUUAGCUGAUUACAUAUUAAAGAUGUACCAUGCAGACAACUGUAUACUAAAGACUUUCUACAAAUGAUGCAGUUUACAUUUAUUUCAAACCUGCAUCACAAAAACAAAGCUGUCGAGUUUAAAUUAUACUCUUUUCAUCCUAGUUAGCUGGAAUUAAAGAUUGAUGGUUUUUUCCCUUGAGGGGGAAAAAGUAGUUUAGGUACAUGGAAUACUGAAAGCAAUGGAAAUAACAGGAGUCUUAAUUCACAAAAAGUGAGUAAAAAAUUGACUAAUGUUUUUAUUCCAAUAUGUGAACCUUUAUUUGUGUAAUGGUCCCUUUAACUGAAGAAUGGAAUAUAAUUUCCUACCUGCAUAUGAACUUCUUUAAAAUAACCAAGAGUCUUGGUGUUACCUGGUCUGGCUUUGGAUGUACAUUGUACUGAAAAUAUGGAAUUUUAGUAAUUUCUUUUAGACAUAAAACUGAAAGUUAAAAUGGCUAGUAAACUGCAUUCUGACUGUAGAAUUUAAGUACUAAAUAAACUCUAUGCAUAUUAGA